UUUGCUCUCUCUCUCUAAAAACAAAGACUUUAACUUUCUUUCCAUUCGUUUCCUUCCCUUUCUCUCUCUAUCAAACAACCAUGAAUUCAUAAUCGUCGAAACGCCGUGGUUGUCAUCGUAUUUCUCUCUUUGGUAUCCGUUUCCAUGGCGUUUCACCACAAUAACCAUCUUUCCCAAGACCUUCCUCUCCAUCACUUCACCGACGAGCAGCAACAGCAACAAGCGGAUCAACUGGGAGAAACCGCCGGUCCCAAUUGGUUGAACACCGCCCUCCUCCGUUCGCAGCAUCCUCAGCCACCGCAGCCGCACGGUGGUCAAUUCUCUGACCAUGGCUUCCUCAACCUUCAUACUACAGAAACUGGUUCAGACUCCACCUCCACGGUUCGACAAGCUCAAAACCGGUGGCUAUCACGUUCGCCGUCUUCGCUUCUUCACCGCAACCACAGCGACGUCAUCGACGACGUGGCGGCCACCGCAGCAGCAGGAGGUGGUGGGGACUCCAUGAUUGCCGUGGAAUCGGGGGAUUUGAAGAACAGUAACAGCGAGACUUUGAAUAACAACAAGAGCGAAGGCAUCGUAGUGGAAAGUGGAGGAGAUGGGGCCGUGAAUUGGCAAAAUGCUAGGUGUAAGGCGGAGAUACUAGCGCACCCUUUGUACGAGCAACUACUGUCAGCACACGUGUCGUGUCUUAGGAUCGCCACUCCGGUGGAUCAGCUCCCGAGGAUCGACGCUCAGCUGGCUCAGUCGCAGCAUGUGGUGGCCAAGUAUUCGGCUCUCGGCCAGAGCAUGGUUCCCGAUGACAAAGAGCUCGAUCAAUUCAUGACGCAUUAUGUUCUGUUGCUAUGUUCAUUUAAAGAACAAUUGCAGCAACAUGUUCGGGUACAUGCAAUGGAAGCAGUUAUGGCAUGCUGGGAGAUUGAGCAAUCCUUACAGAGCUUAACAGGAGUUUCUCCAGGGGAAGGAACAGGGGCAACCAUGUCUGAUGACGAUGAAGACCAAGUGGACAGUGAUGCCAACUUGUUUGAUGGAGGUUUUGACGGUCCGGAUUCCAUGGGAUUUGGACCCCUCGUCCCGACGGAGACCGAAAGGUCUUUGAUGGAGCGUGUGAGGCAAGAACUGAAACAUGAACUCAAACAGGGUUACAAGGAGAAAAUUGUGGACAUAAGGGAGGAAAUUCUACGCAAGAGAAGAGCAGGAAAGCUUCCUGGUGAUACAACAUCAGUUUUGAAAGCUUGGUGGCAGACACAUUCCAAGUGGCCAUACCCUACUGAAGAGGAUAAGGCGAGGUUGGUUCAAGAAACAGGCUUACAACUAAAACAGAUAAACAAUUGGUUCAUCAAUCAAAGGAAGAGGAACUGGCAUAGCAACCCAUCAACUUCAACCGUCUUGAAGAGCAAACGUAAAAGGUAUACUCAACAAAAUGCUAAGCGUCACCUUGAACGUGAAAGAGGCCGCAAAGAGGCAACUGCUGAUAUGUCUGAAGACCUUUCAGAAGGAGAGAAAGGAGAGUUUCCUGGUGAAGUUUCAUCUCAUGGUGAUAGCGUCCAAGGAAGAAUGCGUAGAAUUGUUUCUGUUGAUUUGAUGGAGAACUUGGCUAAUCAGCUCAAAGAAAAGAAGCUUUAUAUUGUGUUGAUAAGUCUUCAUGGCUUGAUAAGGGGUGAAAACAUGGAGCUUGGUCGUGACUCUGAUACAGGUGGUCAGGUUAAGUACGUAGUAGAACUUGCUAGGGCCUUGGGCACAAUGCCAGGAGUUUAUCGGGUUGACUUGCUGACAAGACAAGUUUCAGCUCCAGAUGUAGAUUGGAGUUAUGCUGAACCAACAGAGAUGCUUACUCCAAGAACUACAGAGAACUCGAUGCAGGAGCUUGGAGAGAGCAGUGGUGCUUAUAUUAUUCGUAUACCCUUCGGUCCGAAAGAUAAAUAUAUACUCAAAGAACUUCUUUGGCCUCAUAUUCCUGAGUUUGUUGAUUGUGCACUUAGUCACAUUCGACAGAUGUCCAAAGUUCUAGGUGAGCAAAUUGGUGGCGGAAAACCAGUCUGGCCUGUUGCUAUUCAUGGACAUUAUGCAGAUGCUGGUGAUUCUGCUGCUCUUCUAUCUGGAGCUCUAAAUGUUCCAAUGCUUUUUACUGGCCACUCACUUGGUAGGGAUAAGCUAGAACAAAUCUUGAAACAGGGUCGACAGUCUAGAGAAGAAAUAAACACAACUUACAAAAUCAUGCGGCGGAUAGAGGCUGAGGAGUUAUCUCUUGAUGCAUCUGAAAUUGUUAUAACUAGUACUAGACAGGAGAUAGAAGAGCAGUGGCGCCUUUGUGACGGCUUUGAUCCAGUAUUGGAACGUAAACUUAGAGCAAGGAUCAAAAGUGUGAACUGUCAUGGGAGGUUUAUGCCCCGUAUGGUUGUAAUUCCUCCUGGGAUGGAGUUUCAUCACAUUGUUCCUCAUGAUGGAGACAUGGAUGGGGAUAUGGAAAGAAAUGAAGAAAAUCCUACUCCUGACCCUCCUAUUUGGUCUGAGGUAAUGCGUUUUUUUACGAACCCUCGCAAACCGAUGAUUCUUGCCCUUGCUCGACCAGACCCUAAGAAGAAUAUUACAACUUUAGUCAAAGCUUUUGGAGAGUGCCGACCUUUAAGGGAGCUUGCUAAUCUUACGUUAAUAAUGGGAAACCGUGAUAAUAUUGAUGAAAUGUCUGGCACCAGUGCAACUGUGCUUCUCUCGAUUCUUAAACUGAUUGACAAGUAUGAUUUGUAUGGCCAAGUGGCAUAUCCUAAACACCACAAGCAGUAUGAAGUUCCUGACAUAUACGGUCUAGCAACAAAAACAAAGGGUGUUUUUAUCAAUCCGGCCUUUAUUGAACCAUUUGGGCUUACUUUAAUCGAGGCAGCGGCAUAUGGCUUGCCUAUUGUUGCCACAAAAAAUGGGGGUCCUGUUGACAUUCACAAGGUUCUCGACAAUGGUGUUCUAGUUGAUCCCCAUGAUCAGCAGUCUAUUGCCGACGCUCUUCUAAACCUUGUUUCAGAUAAGCAAUUGUGGGCGAGAUGCAGACAGAAUGGACUGAAAAAUAUACAUCAAUUCUCUUGGCCAGAGCACUGUAAAACAUAUUUGUCUCGGAUAGCCAUGUGCAAGCCAAGGCAACCACAGUGGCAGAGAAGUGAUCUUGGAUUCGAAAAUUCAGAACAUAAUUCACCUGGUGAUUCUUUGAGAGACAUACAAGAUUUAUCUUUAAACUUGAAGUUAUCAUUGGAUGGUGAAAAGAGUGAAGGAACUGGAACUCUUGAUAGUUACUUGGAUUCCAUUGAUACAAAAAGAAACUUGGAGAAUGCCAAAAAGGCAACUUUAAUGGAGAAGCAAGACCAAAUUGUUGGUGGCGGUAGAAACCUAGAAAUGAGGAUGAGGAAAUACAUUUUUGUGAUAGCUGUUGAUUGUGAUUCAAUCUCCGAUAUUCCUAAAAUUGUGAAGACAGUUAUGGAUGUAGCAGGAAACGAGAGUUCUGUUGGGUUUAUACUAUCGACAUCCUUGUCGAUAUCCGAGGUACACUCCCUUCUCAUCUCAGGAGGCAUAAGUCCAUUGGAUUUCGAUGCUUUUAUCUGUAACAGUGGUGGCGAAUUGUACUAUCCUUCAACAAGUUCGGAGGGUAGGCCGUUCAUAGUAGACUCUGAUUAUCAAUCACACAUUGAAUACCGUUGGGGUGGAGAAGGUCUAAGGAAAACUCUAGUUCGAUGGGCUACUUCUGUUAAUGAUAAAAACGGAGAAAUCGUUUUGGAAGAUGAAUCUCGAUCUACUGUUCAUUUUUAUGCAUUCAAUGUGAAGGACCCUGAACUGGUUCCCCCAAUUAAGGAGCUUCGAAAGUUAAUAAGAAUUCAGGCCCUUAGAUGCAAUGUUAUCUAUUGUCAUAAUGGAACCAGAUUGAAUGUCAUUCCCGUUUUGGCUUCUCGAGCUCAAGCUUUAAGGUACCUAUACGUCCGUUGGGGCAUGGAGUUAUCGAACGUUAUAAUCUUUGUCGGGGAAUGCGGAGACACGGAUUACGAAGCCUUGCUUGGAGGAGUCCGUAAAACAGUCAUAGUGAAGGGAAUUGGAAACAGUGCUCUUAAGCUUCACUCUAAUAGAAGCUACCCUCUACAACAUGUCCUUCCAACCGACAGUCCCAACAUCCUUCAAGCUGAAGGAUGCAGCACCGACGAAAUAAGGUCAUCGUUGCGGAAACUCGGGGUUAUUAAGGAAUAGGUGAUUACUGCUACGAAUUUGUCUCCGAUUCGAGUACUGCACAACUAACUUUCUUUACCGCUAAACAGUACUUUGCAGAUGUCUAUGACGUCUAAGGUACGGAUACUCAACCAUAAAAGAUACAAAUUUA